UCAUGUCACUGAUGACCAUAUGAAUGAUUCUGUGAGCUGGGCUGACCGUUAUUUGAGUUCUCCAGCUGAACUGCCUUAUAUGAAGCAAACCACAAAAGAGUGCCUGCUGUUGCCUUUGCUGCUCUCCAAACAGCAUUCUAUGAUGUGACCAGAGAAGAAACCCAGCCAACAGUAAGAGAAAGGCCAUUUCAUUCUGACAUUUCUUUCCCUUAGGAUUCUAGUCACAUUUCCUAAUGUCUUAUUGCUUGCUUCACAAUGAAAGAUGUACAAGUUUCAUACCAGAAGAGUAAAAGCUACUGCAGGGAAGAUUUGGACUUCAAAUCUCUCCAAGAUCAGAAAAUCUGUUAAAAAUGUGUAUGAAAAAUGUAGGCUCAAACACCCAGAUUUUCCUGGAUAUCCAACAGAGACUUCCUAUGAUGGCAAUCAAGAGGAUGUCUGUUCUGGCGAAGACCUGAGUCUUACGGUGAUGUGCCAGGAUGUUAAAACUGCCCAAAUUGAACUUCACAACCAAAUGACUGAUGUAGUCAAAGCAAUAUCAAAAAUCCAGAGAAUGACUGAUGACUCUAAGAAGCAGAUAGAGCAACUGGAAUCUGGCCUGCGGGUUAACGAAGACAAACAAUGUGCAACAACUGAUGUUAUCCUAGCUAUGAAGGAGAACAUUGACACCUUAACUAAAAAGGUAACAGAACUGGAAAAACAGAAUUCCUGCUAUCGUGUAUGCUCUUCGGGGUAUCUGGAGGGAAAAAUGGAGAAAGACACCAUAGACUUGCUUCACAAGUUCAUACAGAAAAAAACCCUGAACACAGUGGCCUCCACUGGCCGUGAGAGCUCUUCAGUGGAGAAAAUGCCGCCCAGUUAUCCAGAACCUGUUGACCAUUUUGAGAAAAAGACAGUCUCUCCCAAAAUGAAACCUCUGAGGAAAAAGAAGCACCCAAAUUCAUCAAGAAAUGUAAAAGGGAUGAAGCCAGACAUUUAUAUUUACCCAGACCUUACGACAUGGGUCAAGCUGACUUUCAUUCAUGGUGGAAAGUGGGGAUUCUUUCUUAGCCCUACCAAGUUGGAGACAUUCCUCCAGUGGCUCCUUCCCCGAACAGCCACCAUUCCUGAGGAAUCACAGCUCACACCCAAAGGGGAGUGUCUGUUGGCCAGACCUAUCACAAGCUUUACAGCAAUCUGUAUGUCUGUCAUCAACUAUAUUUACUGCCUUUUCAGUUCCUCAAAAGAGGAAGUAACUCGGCUGUAGAGAUACCUUCUGUUUCGCAUGGUACAGAAUAAAGGUGAUCUGGUUGCUGCA